AUGACAAGGUAUGAGAAGAAAGCAAGAGAUGAAGAUGAGUCAUUUUUGCUAUGUGAUUGCAAAAUUAAAGAUGGAACUCAGAAUCAAGUUCCACAAACUUAUAUAACGUUAGAAAAUAAUUUCUUUCCAUCUUUAUUUAGCGAGAUGGUUUUGGAAGCUGGUUCAAAUCCGAUAGAAACAAUGUUGAAAACAGUUUUAUAUCCUAAAGAUUUCGAUUCAGUCUCAGGUUGGAUACCCGAUGUUGGCAAUGGAAGUGUUUUAAAAGAACCGGUAAAAAAUCUUGCAAAUGAUGCUGAUUUAGCUAGAGUGAGAGUUGCUGCUCGAAACACAAUAGAAAGAGUAGCACGAGCAGCUAAUCAUGGAUUCGAAAAACGAGUACUUCAGUACAAUGAUAUUGUUGAGAAUAAUAGAAAAGUUUCCAUAGGGUUACCAUAUAAAAUUCAUCUACAAAGAGAAAUCAACGAUGAUAAGAUAUUCUUUGAAGAGAAUGGUUCAGAUGCAAAAUUAGAAAUAACGAAUCUCCAACUUUUCAUACCCGUAAAAACAUCAUCAAUUGAAGUAGAAACGAGAAUAUUCAACUCAUUAACUAAAGAUAUUGAAAUAGCUUUUCUUCAUCGUAAUACGAGUGGCAAUGAACCAAACUCGAGAUCCUUUAAUCCUUAA